CUCCAGAACACUUCCAAUAGUGCUUACAGCUCUUUUUGAAUUUGUCUAGUAGGUCUUCCGGUAGUUACCGGAAGGCCCCUUAUUAGGCGGUGUGUUUUUAACAAUAGAGUGUUUUAAAAUGUAUGUUUUUAUUUCGUUUAUUUUGUUGUGAGUGUUGUUAGUAGGUAUUUUUUUCUUCGUGUUCCGGAUUUUCGGGGGAAGUUAGGGUUACGUGGGCAGCCUUCCGGCCACGCUGUGUUUUCUCGCCGUCACCUAUCUAGACAGCCGAUGCAGGAGUCUUCCUGCUUCUGAGCAUUUUUAGGAUCUGCUGCACGUGCAACUUUUGUUGCACUAUGGCGUCCGCCUCGACCCAACCUGUGUCCCUAAGCGCCGAACAGGCCAAGGUGGUUCUGGCUGAGGUGAUCCAGGCGUUCUCGACCCCGGAGAACGCCGUGCGAAUGGACGAGGCUCGGGACAACGCGUGCAAUGAUAUGGGCAAGAUGCUGCAAUUCGUGCUGCCCGUGGCCACGCAGAUUCAGCAGGAGGUUAUCAAAGCCUAUGGCUUCAGCUGCGACGGGGAAGACAGCUACCUGGCCAGAGGGGGAGCAGCCAGUGACUCAUGCUCAAGCUGCCCUCUCCUGAUGUCUUGGGCACCCUGUCCCCUGGGGGUAUGGGUUGAUGCUCCGCUCCACCUUGCAGGUGUCCUUAAGUUUGCCCGCUUGGUCAAGUCUUACGAAGCCCAGGAUCCGGAGAUUGCCAGCCUGUCAGGCAAGCUGAAGGCACUGUUCCUGCCGCCUAUGACACUGCCACCCCACGGGCCGGCUUCAGGUGGCAGCGUGGCCGCCUCCUGAGGGUUGUCCUCCCUUUUGACACUGCCCAGGAAGACCUUGGUGUCCCAGAGGAUAAUAAACAUGCUUGUGAUUUAG